GAAAUCGUGCGCGCAGUCGUGUUUCGCAUACAUACAUAAAGGAAUUACCCUUACUAAAAGAUGCUGAUAUCUUAUUUUAGUUAUAAAAAAAAUAAUUUAUUAUCUAUAAGUAAAGUUCACCCAACGUAUAUUUGUUAAACAUUUAAAAAAAUGCAUUUGAAAGAAACAUAAACUCUCUUAAGUGUAUAUAGACUGUGAAAACAAAGUGUUCAUGUCUUACAAUUUCGGAAUAUUGAUCGUGUAACAAAAAUAAAGAUUUCUGCUUUAAACACGGUUUAACUGUAAAAAAUAAAUUCCAAAAAUAACGAUGCAAUAUUAUUCCUUGUAUAAAGAAAGCGCGAUUAUUAAAUACUCAUAAAAAAUCAUUUGUCAAAUGAAAAAUUUACUGUUUAUCGCUUAAUCAGUGAUAUUGUUUAUUUUUAUUUUCUUAUUGAAUUCGGAAAAUUUUUUCGUAAGCUACGUUUUAUAACACAGUAAAAGUGUUGGUGGAAUUCAUAAAGUAUCACCAACAGCAGUGUUUAUUUGAAUAUUUAUUAUUUAUAUGUGUAUUAUACCAGUUCCUUGUUUCUCUAUAAUUUCUUUGAAAUGUACAAUUGGAUUGCUUGUAAAAGAGUGAUCGAUCAGUUUAUUAAAUAUUGCUUUAGAUCCUGAUAAAUAUGAUACUGACAAAGCAUUCUAUUUUUCUUAGUAUAAUAAGGAAUUAAAGUUUCUUAAGCUUGGAUAUGGUAACUAUGAAUUCUGAAAAAUCGGCAUGUCGCCGUAAACAAAAUGAAAACAGUGAUAUUGGAGGAACAACGGAACGACUUAGAAACAGAGAUACUCAAAUAAAUCAAUACAACAAUCAAAAUGAUGAAGCAGUUGACAAAUCUCCUAGUAGCCCGACAUAUCAUAUCACUGCCUCUUGCGUGGAAGAUACACCAAAUUUUCUUGUGUAUCAGAAGAUGGAGGAUAUCGUAGAAAAAAUGUCAGAUGAAGUUACAGGUGUUCCAGUGAAAACAGUGAAGAAUUUUAUGACAAAAACACCUUCAGUUUUUACUGGCACAGAUUUAAUAUCCUGGAUGAUGAAAACCAUGGUUAUAGAUGAUCAAGCACUUCACGUGGCGCAUCUAAUGGCAUCCCAUGGAUAUUUUUUCCCUAUAGAUGACCACUGCCUUACAGUAAAAAAUGACAAUACUUUCUACAGGUUUCAAACACCAUAUUUUUGGCCGUCGAAUUGCUGGGAACCAGAAAAUACUGAUUAUGCUGUUUAUUUAUGUAAACGAACGAUGCAGAACAAAACUCGUUUAGAAUUAGCAGAUUACGAAGCUGAGAAUUUGGCUAAAUUGCAAAAGAUGUUUUCACGAAAGUGGGAAUUUAUUUUUAUGCAAGCAGAAGCACAAAGUAAAGUUGAUAAGAAGAGAGACAAAUUAGAGAGGAAGGUAUUAGAUAGUCAAGAAAGAGCAUUCUGGGACGUGUACAGACCGAUGCCGGGUUGCGUGAAUACAACAGAAUUAGAUAUAAAAAAAGCGUGUCGUACAUAUAAGCCGAUUUCGAGGUCAAAUAAGCAUUUACAAUUAGGUCUAGGUAGUACUCAAAUUUCCCCCCACUCAGAGUCAUAUGCAGCGUUCUCGGUAGAAGCCCUAAAUAAAGAAAUUGAAAUGUUAAAAUCUAGGUUAGAUAGAACAAAUAUCAAAGUUUCGAAAGUUUCCGAAGCUCUAAUUGCAUAUUUUGAGCAAUACGUAGAAUAUGAUCCCUUUUUCAUACAACCUGAGCUCACGAAUCCAUGGAUAUCAGAUAAUUCUGAAAUGUGGGAACAAGAGAAACUAGCAAAAGAAGUAUCUACGAGAAGAGUGAAAAGAUGGGCUUUUAGCUUGCAAGAAUUGUUGCAAGAUCCUGUUGGUAGAGAACAGUUUAUACGUUUUCUGGAUAAAGAGUUCAGCGGUGAAAAUCUGAAAUUUUGGGAAGCUGUUCAGGAAUUAAAAGCGUUACCACAAAAAGAAGUCCAAACUAAAGUAAAUGAAAUCUGGAAUGAAUAUUUGGGUUCAGAUGCUAGUUGUCCAAUUAACGUUGAUUCUCAGUCCUACGAGGUAACAAAGAAGAAUCUACAGAAAGCUGAUCGAUGGUGUUUUGACAUAGCAGCGGCACACGUUUAUCAUCUGAUGAAAAGUGAUAGUUACUCGAGGUAUCUUCGCUCAGAAAUGUAUAAGGACUAUCUCAAUGGCUCGAAGAAAAAGGCAUUCUUCAGCCUUUUGUUAAUUCGGCUUUUAACUGCAGCCUUACUGCCAACAUUGUAUGUAUCACUUAGCUGCUUUCUCUUGAGUACGACUAACAAAUUUACUAACUUUUUAUUUCAUUACCCUAAUGUCACUAUAUUAUUCUUUGUACUAUGAAUGCUUUUAACAAUGAUCUUGUAUUAACAAUUUUAAAUGUUGAAUACUAAAUAAUACUACAUUACUCCUAUGAUUUUUCUUCUAUAUGCCAAUCUUUCAUUUGUUUGGGACCGUGUUUCAUUUUUAUUGGUUUAAAUAGUUAACAAAAUAACAUUUCUGUCGAUAGUAUGAAGCGAUAACUAUUAUCAUUACCUCCACCCUCAUUGCCACUUCCAUCAUCGUCAAUAACAUUGCAAUCAUUGUCAUGAUUAAAUACAUUUACUGUGUUGAAGUAGAAGAAUUUAUCCAUGAAUUAAACUAUGUAUUUU